AAAAAAUUGGUAGUACAACUAUUACUAAAAACAUUGGGAGAAGAUCUUGAAAACAAAUUCUAUGAAUCUGAGUUCGGUAAUUGCCAUGGCUAUCUAAGGAUAAACAGCUAUACUCUUCAAGACUUGAACGACGAAGAAGAAGUGGUAGGAUUCAAGAAGCACACCGACCUUAGCUACGUGACGAUCCUGUUCCAAGACGACGUUGGGGGGCUACAAAUGAGAUCGAAAGGAGGCGAGUGGUUCGAUGUAAAGCCGAGCAAGGACGGGAAUCUUUUGGUGAACAUUGGGGAUUUUAUGGAGGCUUGGAGCAAUGGGAAGGUGAGAUCAGCUGAGCAUAGAGUUGUUUUGAGGAAAAAAAUUAAUGUGAAGAAGAGAUUUUCUGUGGCUUUCUUUUUGACAUAUGAAGAUGGUGAUAGGGAAAUAUAUGCUCCAACUGAGGUUGUUGGAGAAGGCAAAUCAAGGCUUUAUCUCCCAUUUUCAACCCAAGAAUAUAGGCUCUUUAGGGAAAAAAAUUAUGAGAAAAUUGAUGCCACACUCAAAGAUUUUGCUGGAAUAUAAUGGCUCUUGAAUCAUCCAUCUUUCAGAUUGUAAUACCUAUCUUAUAAUAAUCUACGGAUAAUAUCUAUGUAAUAAAAGAAACAUAUCAAUUCCCACAUAAA